GAAAAUGUCCAACGAUACCGCCCAACCGGACACCCAACAGGAGGCUAUACCUGUAUUCCUAGACGAUGUCGAUGAGAAGGAGCAGAUGCAUCGGAUGAGCGCCUACCUGUACGGCCUUCGGGAGCGCCUGAGGUCCAGCAUCCAGCAGCACCAGGAGGUGGCCCAGUCGUCGGUGCAGCUGCUUAAGGACUUGGGAGACGUGGCCAACAUGAUGCAAGUGGCACGCACAAGCUCUCCGACCCAAGUUACAAAGAUCCGGCGUCUGAUAAUGGGAUUCGAGACUGUGAAUGCGACCCAGAAUCCUGCGGUGGGGUUCAUCAGCUUGCCCACGGACGUCUCCGAAAUCCGCAGUCUCAUAACCGAGUUCGAGAAUCUGAACGAGAGCCAGCUGCUCCGCGAGAGCAUGAUGAGUUUCAAGCAUGCCCGAGAGUCUCUGGAGAAAGUGUCGGCCUUUCUGGAUAGUGCUGGCCGCGAGUCGCCGCGGUCCUCCCCUCACCCCAGCCAACUGAUCGGGUGCCCCAGUGCCAGUCGCAGUCUGCGGGAGAAGAUCGAGGCCUUCAACAAGGUCCUGGGGGAGGGUUCUGCCAAGCAGGGCGACACCUGUCGUUAUUUCACCGAUUGCUUUAGCAGCCGGAGCACCGUGGAGGAGGAAGCCAGUGCUCCAGGGCCGGACAAACCGAAGAUCGUAGCUUCAAAAACCAACUCCGGAUACGAGGGCGAUGUCGACAGCGAAGUGGAGCUAACCGAGGUGUCUUCCGGAACAGGCGCAACACCAGAACCGAAAGAGGUUUCCCACUGAAAAAUACUAAAGUCGGCAUUGAUUGGAUAUUGAAAAAUUUUCAGUUCUAAAGAUUACCAUAUUAAAAGGAUCCACACGUCCUGGAGGACUAAAAAAUAGUCCGUUUAUU